CAUGCUUCGUUGUUAAGCAUAGAGGGCGCCAUUUAUUCCGUGGACUCAUGAAAGAGUCAAUAGAUCGGUUGCGUUUCCAUCUCUAGCAAGUCUCCCUUCCCUUCUCAGACUUAUUUCUCACACAACCAUUGAACAAUAACCAGCAAGUUCCAAGCUUGUUUUUAUUUCCGUGAAUUUCCGACCAAAUUGUAGUGAAGCUAAGAAUAAAGGCAUGACUAUUAACAUCUGGGGUUCUUUUUCAAAUUGAACUUCUAAGCUAACUAUUUGAAAAUUCUGGAAAUCUCCGUAUCUCUUUCUCGUCGUCCUUACAGUGCAGAAAAUGAAGCUUCGGAGGUCAUCGCUUUCUUUUCUCCUAGGGUUUCUGUUGGUUUCCUUCGUGCCCUUAUCAGUGGCGAGAUUCGUGGUGGAGAAGAACAGCUUGACGGUUACGUCGCCAGAGAAGAUUAAAGGCACACAAGAUAGCGCAAUUGGAAACUUUGGGAUCCCUCAAUAUGGAGGCAGCAUGGCUGGGAACGUCGUGUACCCGAAAGAGAACCAUAAAGGGUGUACAGAGUUUGGGGAUUCCUUCAAAUCAAAGCCUGGAGCUCUUCCGACCAUCCUUUUACUCGAUCGUGGAAAUUGCUUCUUUGCUUUGAAGGUCUGGAAUGCCCAGAAAGCUGGUGCUUCUGCAGUUAUUGUUGCAGAUGAUGUUGAGGAACCCUUAAUAACCAUGGAUACACCUGAAGAAGAUGCAGCAUCUGCAAAAUACAUAGAGCAUAUAACAAUACCAUCUGCACUAGUUGAAAAAAGUUUUGGUGAAAAAUUGAAGAACGCCAUAAGUGGUGGGGAUAUGGUUAAUGUAAAUCUUGAUUGGAGAGAGGCAGUCCCCCACCCAGAUGAUCGCGUAGAGUAUGAGCUGUGGACUAACAGCAAUGAUGAGUGUGGAGUUAAAUGUGACAUGCUGAUGGACUUUGUGAAGGAUUUUAAGGGAGCAGCACAGAUAUUAGAGAAAGGUGGUUAUACACAGUUUACACCUCAUUACAUAACUUGGUAUUGUCCACAGGCAUUUACAUUAAGCAAACAGUGCAAAUCCCAGUGCAUAAAUCAUGGAAGAUAUUGUGCUCCUGAUCCUGAGCAGGACUUCAGCACAGGUUAUGAUGGGAAAGAUGUGGUUGUUGAAAAUUUGAGGCAGCUAUGUGUUUUCAAAGUGGCAAAGGAAGCCAAAAAGCCUUGGGUGUGGUGGGACUAUGUAACUGAUUUUCAAAUUAGAUGUCCCAUGAAGGAGAAAAAAUACAACAAGGAAUGUGCAGAUUCUGUCCUAAGAUCACUUGGUCUUGACAUUAAAAAAAUUGAAAAUUGCAUGGGGGAUCCAAAUGAUGAUUCUGACAAUCCUGUUUUGAAAGAAGAGCAAGAUGCUCAAAUUGGGAAGGGAUCACGAGGUGAUGUGACAAUAUUGCCAACACUCGUGGUCAAUAACCGACAGUAUCGAGGAAAAUUGGAGAAAGUUGCGGUUCUAAAGGCCAUUUGUUCUGGUUUUGAGGAAACUACUGAACCAGCUGUUUGUUUGAGCAAUGAUUUGGAAACAAAUGAGUGCUUGGAUAACAACGGUGGGUGUUGGCAAGACAAAGGAGCCAAUAUUACUGCAUGCAAGGAUACAUUCCGUGGGCGAGUAUGUGAAUGCCCCUUGGUUGAUGGUGUGCAGUUCAAAGGAGAUGGCUAUACUAUCUGUGAAGCUAGUGGACCUGGGCGAUGCAAGAUAAACAAUGGAGGUUGUUGGCAUGAAGCCCGGAAUGGGCAUGCAUUUUCUGCUUGUUUGGAUAAUGGAGAAGUUACAUGCCAGUGUCCUGCAGGCUUUAGAGGGGAUGGUGUGAAAAAUUGUGAAGACAUUGAUGAAUGCAAAGAGAAGAAAGCUUGUCAGUGCCCUGAAUGUAACUGCAAGAAUACCUGGGGCAGCUAUGAAUGCACUUGUAAUGGGGAUCUACUGUACAUCAGGGACCAUGAUACCUGCAUAAGUAAAACAGCUAGUCAGGGGAGAUCUGCUUGGGCUGCUUUUUGGGUCAUUUUAAUUGGCUUGGCCAUGGCUGCUGGUGGAGCAUAUCUAGUUUACAAAUACAGAAUAAGGUCAUACAUGGAUUCUGAAAUCAGAGCUAUCAUGGCACAGUAUAUGCCGUUGGACAGCCAAGGAGAAGUUCACAGUCAUGUCAAUGAUGAAAGAGCAUGACGAACGAAACACUGAUAUUUCUCUCUUGAGAUCCUAUCUCAUGACACGCAGCAUAUACAUGAAUGUAUCUUAUCUUCUGCUCUUUGUAGCCCUUCACAAUUCUCGGGAUUGAAUUUGUUGGCUGUAUCAUAUGCUCAAUAAAUUACGAAUGAGAAAGUUGUCCUGCGAGAUUUCUUUUUCUUUUUCGUUAGAGAUGUAGGAUUUUAGUACAGGCUUAAAGUUGAUGUCCAGAUGAUGUAUAUUGAUUUGUGGAGUGACUCCUCAUUUAGUGGUAAUUUGCAGAUCCA